AGACGCUUUUGCUUCUGAUCUUGGUAGAAGUAGACUGCUGCUUUAAGGAAGUGUGUGGAUACUAUCUCUUCCACAGAUCCUGUUUGUAGCUUGUUAGUCCUUUUUGAUUUUAGUUAAAUGAUUUAACGCUUCAGGUUGAUCUUUGAUUGUUUUUCAUCUUUAGCUUUAGUAGCGGACUCUUUUUAUGCGCUAGCUGAAAGAUCAAUAUUUCCGGACCUGCAUCAUUGAAGCUCUUGUCUUAAGUGCUGUUUGAUUUUCUUGAAGUUUCAAAGUCCCUCCCCAGGGUCUGUGAAUGAUGCAAGACUUCUGGGGAGAGGUCGUGAAUCUAAGGACCACCAGAGGAGCUACGAGAUUCUCGGGCAAUGAUGAGGAAGCUGUUGUUGAUCAGGGGAAAACCAGCUCUACCAUCCACACAAAAUUUGAAAAAGAGGAACUUGAAAGUCACAGGGCAGUUUACGUGGGCGUACAUGUUCCUUUAGGAAGACAAAGCAGGCGUAGACAUCGCCACCGUGGUCACAAGCACCAUCGGAAAAGGAAGGAUAGAGGGUCCGAGCGAGAGGAUGGGAGAGAAUCGCCAGUGUACGACACUCCCUCACAGAGGGUCCAGUUUAUCCUCGGCACUGAGGAUGAUGAUGAGGAGCAUAUUCCACAUGACCUCUUCACUGAGCUCGAUGAGCUGUCCUUCCACGAUGGACAGGCUUAUGAGUGGAAGGAGACGGCCAGGUGGUUGAAGUUUGAGGAGGAUGUAGAGGAUGGAGGAGAGCGCUGGAGUAAGCCCUACGUCGCCACACUUUCCCUGCACAGCCUGUUUGAGUUACGGAGCUGCAUUCUCAGUGGCACAGUCAUGCUGGACAUGAGAGCAAACACCAUUGAGGAGAUAGCAGACAUGGUAAUAGACAACAUGGUUGCUUCUGAGCAGCUGGAUGAGAGUUUGAGGGAGAAUGUGCGGAAUGCCAUGCUGAAGAGACAUCACCACCAGAAUGAGAAGAAACUCAGCAAUCGCAUCCCGCUUGUACGCUCCUUCGCCGACAUAGGCAAGAAACAUUCAGACCCGCACUUGCUUGAGAGGAAUGGGGAGGGUCUCUCAGCCUCCCGUCUGUCCCUCAUAAGACGUGCCUCCUCCACCUCCACCUCCACUCCCCCCAGAUCGCGCUGUCCCUCCAGAGAGUCCCGCAGUUCCCGUUCCUCCAUCAUUCUCAACCAGCUUCUGCCGAGUGCCAAUUCCUCCCCCAAUGCCUCCCCUUCCGUCACCCCUCAAAACACGCCCCCCACUGCCCACCGCGCUGCUUCAUCUCUCCGCUCCCCAGGACCCUCUCAGCAGGGACCCGAGCUGCUGGUGGCACGGGGAUGGAGAGAGGACAUUCCAGAGGUCGUGGUGUUCCCACCCGAGGAGGAGGAGGAGGAGGAGGAAAUGCAGUCAUGGUUUUCCACCACUCAGGAAGAGCAGGUGGCGCAUGACCCGGCCAGGCUGGCACAGCUCUUGCCCCUACCGCAGUCAGGCAAAUAUCCAGCCCAUCAACUGGAAGUAAUCACUGCUGAAGAUUUCAGCUUUGCCAUCACAAGAAUAUAUUACAUUUCAAAAUAUAUUACAAUAGGAAGGAAACUCGGCUUGUCUUUACUCCUAAUCAUCAUUUUAAGGUUGCAACAGUUCCAUUUAGUUCUUCAUAAUCACAUUUCCACAUUUUCUCUAACACAAUGCCAGAUCUUUCAUGAUGUAGCAUACAAAGCCAAAGACAGAAAUGACCUUCUGUCUGGCAUAGAUGAGUUCUUGGACCAGGUGACAGUGCUGCCUCCAGGAGAAUGGGACCCCACGAUACGAAUCGAGCCGCCAAAGAGCGUCCCAUCUCAGGAGAAGAGGAAGAUGCCUUCCAUGCCUAAUGGCUCUUCUCCACUAUCAGAGAUGAUCAAAGAAGAGGAAGACCACACUGGACCUGAACUCCAGAGGACAGGAAGGUCAGAGCUAGUCAAACCUCCCACCAUUUAUAUACUGCAUACGUUUUGUUUUUUUUGUUUUUUUGCAUACAUCAGCCAUUAUAUAUUGUUGAGUUUGUCUAUAUUUAAAGCAGGUAUCGGUAGAAGUUUGGAUCUUUAUGAGGUGCAAAGCACAGAGAGACUCUAUUGUAUAUCAUGCCCUAAAUAUGACCUCUGCAGACUGGGAAGCACCAGUACGUACUGGCGGUCAAUGGUUCGAGACCCUGUCCUGUGGAAGUACUUCCUGUUGCGUGAUAUGCCGCUCUGGCAGUCAGUUGACCAUUCAUCAGUGCCUCAGGUCAAGCUCACUGGCUCAGCUGUGCUGGAUGACUCUGAGAUGCAGCUGGAUUAUAUGGCAGAGUAUCUACGUGUUUGUCCAGCCUGUCGAAACCAAUGGCAACACCAACCCAGAGUGUUUGAAUCUGUGACGUCCUUCUUCCAGUCCCUUGUACCGGUUUCAGAGCCACAGUUUGCCAUGUUCGGCCCGGGGCUUGAGCAGUUAGAGAUUUCCCUCAUGAAUACGAUCAUGUGUUCCCCGCAUGUGCUGCCUGUCGCAGGACUACCUCAGCGUCAGAUUGAUGGUGCAACUGCAUUGGAUCUGGAAUCAGUUUUAAGUACAAAGAUCAGCACAGAUUCAAUAUUGCAACUUUAUAUUCGACAAACAGACAAUUUGGACAACCUCACAUUUUACACAUGUCAGUGUUCACCUCCAUCCAAUAUCACAGAGAAGAUGGUACAAGCAUGGAAUCAGUCAGAUUUUAAUCCUGAGAUCAUUAACUGGAGUGAGCUUGAUGUGCCAAAUUGCAAGAAACUCCAUGGCGAGUUUGUGGGUCCUGCUUGCGGGCAUAAUGGCCCGUACAUCCCUGACGUAUUGUUCUGGUCUGUCAUUCUGUUCUUCACCACUUUCUUCCUGUCAUCCUUCCUCAAACAGUUCAAGACCAAGCACUAUUUCCCCACUAAGGUCCGCUCUUCAAUCAGUGACUUUGCAGUUUUUCUAACCAUCAUGAUUAUGGUCUUGGUUGAUUACUUGGUGGGCGUCCCCUCUCCUAAACUACACGUCCCAGAUACCUUUGAGCCCACCUCUAAGAGCCGGGGCUGGCUGAUCUCUCCUCUGGGCGAUAACCCCACAUGGACGCUGUUUGCAGCAGCCAUUCCUGCCCUCCUGUGCACCAUCCUCAUCUUCAUGGAUCAGCAGAUCACUGCUGUCAUCAUCAACCGUAAAGAACACAAGCUCAAGAAAGGCUGUGGGUAUCAUCUUGACCUUCUGGUGGUGGCUGUGAUGCUCGGUGUGUGUUCUGUGAUGGGCUUGCCCUGGUUUGUCGCUGCCACCGUCCUCUCCAUCUCUCAUGUCAACAGUUUGAAGGUGGAGUCGGAGUGCUCGGCCCCGGGAGAGCAGCCCAAGUUUUUGGGUAUUCGUGAGCAGAGGGUUACUGGGUUCAUGAUCUUUGUGCUUAUGGGUCUGUCUGUCUUCAUGACAUCUAUUCUAAAGUUUAUCCCAAUGCCCGUGUUGUAUGGAGUGUUCCUCUACAUGGGUGUUUCCUCACUCAAAGGCAUACAGUUCUUUGACCGUAUUAAGCUGUUUGGGAUGCCUGCAAAGCACCAGCCUGACUUGAUCUACCUGCGAUAUGUGCCGCUGUGGAAGGUUCACAUAUUCACAAUAGUUCAGCUCACCUGCCUGGUGCUGCUGUGGGUCAUCAAAGCGUCUGCUGCCGCGGUGGUAUUCCCUAUGAUGGUUCUUGCUCUGGUAUUUGUGAGGAAGCUUCUGGAUUUCUGCUUUUUGAAGAGGGAGCUUAGCUGGUUGGAUGACUUAAUGCCAGAAAGCAAGAAGAAAAAGGAAGACGACAAAAAGAAAAAGGCAAAAGAGGAAGCACAGCGCAUGAUGGAGGCUGAAAGUGGAAUGGAGGUCCCCUAUGAUAAUGGUGACCACCUGGAAAUUCCUGUGAAGAGCCUUAAAAUCAGCACUGACCCCUCUGUGGUUAACAUAUCUGAUGAGAUGGCCAAAACUGCUGUGUGGAGAGCUGUUGCCAUGAGCUCUGACAGUGCCAAAGUAUUGAAACCUAGUGCCAGUGAAGAGAAGACGGUUAGUAUUAAGAUCAAUGCGGAAGACGAGCAGGGGGAUAAAUGUGUGGAUACAGAGACAUCAUUAUGAUAGACAGACUUUGAGAGCUCACUGUGGACACUUGCAGGGCCCUUCCCAGAGUCCUCUAGUCUGGAACGGUGUUGCUCUGUUCUGUGUGCCCUACCAACCUGCUCAAGUCAAGCCAAAGGUAGAGAUGCCCGAUAGAGGGCUGAGAAAUGACUUCCAGGUAUAUUUAUCUAAGUUUCUAUUUUUAAUCAAACCAACAAACCUUUUUAUUUUGUACAUUUUGUUUUUAAUAUGAAUAAAGCACCAUGAUUUCAGACAUAUACUGUAGGGAAUGUUAUGAAGAGCUCAGACCAGUAGGUUUCAUAUUUUUACUUCAUUUUGUCAUUUAAUUUUUUCAAGAUAGAUAUGAAGACAAAGUCUUUUAGAAUUAGUUUUACAUGCCAAAAUCCUGUUUCUCACGGUACCAGUUUUCAGAUCAUCACCUGGAUGUUUUUCUUUAAGUACAUUAAAAUGCUGUUUGUUGCAGAGUGCUAUUUUUUUUUUUUUUUAUAAAUAAAUGCAUAUAUGAGAAAAUGCCUCAUUGAGACCAAAGUUGGUGACAUUAGGCUGCGUGACUGACCUUCCAAACUACUGGAAAAAGAGUGUGCAAAGCGAACACUUCAAAAUGUCACAUGAAGGACAUUGAAAUAUGAAUAAAAAUACAAAGUAAAUUAUUAUUAUUGUACUUCAAUUGUAACAAUGUCAUUCCCAUUGACGGUCUGACAGAUUACUUGAUUUAUGUACAAAUACUAUAUUAGAACAGUCGGAUAGCACAAAUUGAGAACAAAGUGAGAUCAGUUCUUGCAGUCACUCUGAAAGUAAAUAGCAGGUCAGAGAAUUCAAACUUGAGUAAUGUAAAUUGCUCCAGAUUGUGUUAAAGUUUUCCCUCACAUUUUUUUCAUGUGUUUUUAUUGUUUCUCUUUUUUAGUGUUAUAAAAUAGAAUUUUGUAUUGUUAGUACUUAUAAUUUUUACAAUGUGUUAAUCAACUAAUUUAUUAACGGUGAUUUAAUGGUUAAGUAGGCGAUGCAGAGGCAUGAUGGGGCAGAAGGACUGCUGCAGUGUUGUUGGCCUGUCAUUUCUUUCCUCUUCUGUUACUGGUGUUAAUGUGCACUUUAGGUAAGCUUGCCAUCGCGGCUGUAGGCCUGACAACAAUUUAUUUAAUCUAGAGCAGUCUCAGGAAACUUUGCACUCUUUCCCCACACUUCUGUUUUUUUUUUUUUU